GUCAGAGGAGGCGGGCAUCGCGUCCAAACCCAGCGCCUGCGCGUGCUGGAGGCAAUCGGCAGCAGAGACCGAGUGUGCGGCCUGGAUAGCCGGAUUCCGUGACACCACCUGUGCCACGCGCUACCACGGCCUGCCCGGUAUGGAGGGAGAGUGCCGGGUACUCUCCAUCCAGAGCCAUGUCGUCCGCGGCUACGUGGGCAAUCGGGCGGCCAUGUUCCCGCUGCAGGUUUUGGGAUUUGAAGUUGAUGCUGUGAACUCCGUGCAGUUUUCGAACCACACAGGCUAUGCCCAUUGGAAGGGCCAAGUGCUGAGUUCACAGGAGCUCCAUGAACUGUAUGAAGGUCUCAAGAUAAACAGCGUGAAUACGUACGACUACGUGCUCACUGGUUACACAAGGGACAAGUCCUUCCUGGCCAUGGUGGUGGACAUCGUGGGGGAGCUGAAGCAGCAGAACUCCCAGCUCGUGUACGUGUGCGAUCCCGUGAUGGGGGACAAGUGGAACGGCGAAGGCUCCAUGUACGUUCCCCAGGACCUCCUUCCCGUGUACAGGGACAAAGUGGUGCCCGUGGCAGACAUCAUCACUCCCAACCAGUUUGAGGCUGAGUUGCUGAGUGGCAGAAAAAUCCACAGCGAGGAAGAAGCACUGGAGGUGAUGGACAUGCUACACUGCAUGGGUCCGGACACAGUGGUCAUCACCAGCUCUGACCUGCCCUCCACACAGGGCAGUGACUACCUGAUCGCACUGGGCAGCCAGAGGAUGCGGAAACCUGACGGCUCCACGGUGACUCAACGCAUCCGGAUGGAGAUGCGCAAGGUGGAUGCCGUCUUCGUGGGCACUGGGGACCUGUUUGCUGCCAUGCUUCUGGCAUGGACACACAAGCACCCGGACAAUCUGAAGGUGGCCUGCGAGAAAACUGUGUCUGCCAUGCAACACGUGCUGCAGAGGACCAUCCGGUGUGCAAAAGCUCAAGCAGGAGCAGGACAGAAGCCCAGCCCGGCCCAGCUGGAGCUCAGGAUGGUCCAGAGCAAAAAGGACAUCGAGGACCCCGAGAUCGUCGUGCAGGCCACGGUGCUGUGAUGGUUGUGUACUCACCCCGACACACAGUGUGCUGGGGUCUCCGUUUCCAUCCCCCUGAAAGCUGUAACGUCUGCCUUAGAGCCAUGACUGAAACUUGACAUUUUGUUUCCCCCUGAGGGUCGGGUCUCAGCCGGUCUCAUCCUGAAAAUGUGCCAUCAUUUUUUUAAAAGUAAUAAUAACAAAGCAGUCACAGAAAUGUGAUUCAGAAACAUGGCCCCUUCCUCCCCGAGGCCUCCUGACUGCCUCAUGUUGACUCACCGCUAUGUGGAAGGUGGGUGGAACAGGCAAGUCUGCUGCCUGUAGACCUUUCUGUUGGCCACUGGCUGCCACUGCCCCCAGAACCUGGAUUGAGCUGAGAAGAGGCCUGUGGUGGCACUGUUUUUAAAAUUGGGUUAGGUCUUGGCAUCUGGAAGAAUUAUGCCAAAUAUCUUCAUUGCCAUCUGGUCUUACCCUUGUCCCUGCAUUAGAGUUUCUGUGUGUCUUGCUGCUCUUGGUGUCUCUGAGGAUGUCGGACUUAGGCAGCUGUUGGACUGUGUGGGCGGGUUCCAUUUUCUCAUGCUUGAGUGUGCGCACAAGCAUGUAGUCACUGUGACAGGGACCUCUUCAGGGCCCCAAACAUUCUGGGGACCCUGCAAGCCCUAUGGGUGUCAGCAGGAGUUCCUGUAACUUGGGACCAAAUUCUGGGAAACUGACUAACAGAGGUCAGCUGUUGAGCCUAUGGUGGCUUGGGAAGUUCCGGAAAGGUUGCCACACUGGGCUCCUGUGGGAACUCAGCCAGCCCUGCAGCACUGCUGGUUGGCACUGCACUUGCCACAUGCUGAUGGGCACAGUGCAUUGCUGUUUGGACAGACAGGGAAGGAGGGGCAGGGGUGCACCUGCCCCAUGGUGACAUACUUUACCGCUGUUUCCUCCCCCGAUUUCUGUAUUCUGUGCCCAUCAUAUGCUGAGGGAUGAGAGGCCCUUAUGUGAAAUCAGCUAACUCUCUGCCUCCUUGGAAGCUCUGCUCCUAUAGAGAGCAUAUUGGCACUGUGGGGGCAGGGGCAGCCCUUAGACUCCUGCAGGUGAUGGUGACAUGUUCCAUUUCCAUUGCUCAAGUGUGGCUUUCCUGGCUAUCCAUCCUGGAAUUUGGGGUCCCUAAGACAUAGCUGUGAAUGGGGCUCUUAUUCAUGUCUCAUCUCAGCACCCCACCCAUUUCCCUGUCCCUCAGUUCAUGACAUUUCCCUCUCCUGAGAAGCCACUGCCUGCGGAGAGAUAGGAGACUGGAAGAGGUGGGGACCAUGAUGUGGCCCCCAUGUUGGCAUAGGUUCCCUGGGGUGCAGGGGUGCAGCCCAUAGGGGGGCCUCUGAGAGCCACAGCCACCUUAGCAUAGUCCAGUGUUCCCCUUCCCCAGUUAGAAUGUCCUAGAUGGAGGAGACACUGGUCCACAAGGGCGGGCACUAGUCUGCCUCUGCUUCCUCCCCAGCCCACAUCCUGAGCGCCUUAUCUUUCUGGUCACAGCUGCAGGAUGGCUUAGCAGGUAAGGCUGCCUAUUGUCCUGCCUGACAGCCUGAGUAACACACAUGGUGGAAGCAGAGGCCCUAUCCCUGUGAAUUGUUCUCUCUUACACACACACACACACACACACACACACACACGAUAAAUGUCAUUUUAAAAAUGAUUUUG